AUGAAGCCCAUCACUUGGUCCUUACCCUUGGCUGCCGCCGGCUUGGCAUCUUUCGCUGCUGCCGACUGGCAGUACCGUUCCCGCCCUGACCUCGCAGUCCCGAGACUUAACAUCACAGUCCCUGCUGAUCGAGACUCAGUAGAAAAGGGAUACAUCUUCGUCACCCCGUACGAAGGAUUCGCCAACGGCCACAAAGGUCCUGUGCAGCCUGGCGCCUACAUAUUCCGUGAUGAUGGUGAAUUGGUUUGGUCUGGCCUCGGUUACCACUCAGGAUGGGUCGCCAACUUUGUCCCUGACACCUGGAAGGGUGAGACCUAUCUCCGCGCGUUCCAGGGUAAAUUGGACGGGACUCAUGGUCGCAUGUAUGGCUAUCAUGUUCUCCUUGGGAGUGACUAUGAAGUGGCCAAAGUUGUCAGGGCCAAGUCUCAUAGGCUCGCUUCAGCGCACGAGUUCCGUCUUGUUGAUGAGGUAGAUAUUGAAACUGGCGAUGUCCUGUUUGAAUGGCAAAGUCUUGACCACGUUGACCCAAAAUAUAGCGCGUUUCCUCUGGACUUUGGUGCAGGUCUGCCUGGAUCUGGCAGGAAUGAAACUGAUGCCUGGAACUACUUCCAUAUCAACAGCGUUGACAAAGACGACGAGGGCAACUAUCUCUUGUCUGCCCGCAACAUCGCCGCCAUCUUCAAAAUCAAUGGGACAAGCGGAGACAUCAUAUGGCAGCUUGGCGGUUUCCACGGUGGGUCUUCGUUCCAAGUCUCACCGGAAGAUCGCUUCUCAUUCCAACAUCAUGCGCGAUUCCGGGGCCGUUCUCCUGAUGGCAGGCUUGAGUUCAUUUCACUUUUCGACAACGGAGCUCACUCCGCCCCCUUCAAGACCCAUCCAUUCUCCAGAGCCAGAUAUUUUCAGUUGGAUCACAACAAGGGCACCGCAAAGGCACUUAGAACGUUUGAUGCACCCGACGGUCUAUCUGCCCACACCCAAGGCAGCGUGCAGAUUCUCCCCAACAAGAACUUUUUCGUCAACUGGGGUCAGGCCGGCGCCGUGACAGAGUUUAAUAAGGAGGGCAAGGUCAUAUUUCACAGUUACCUGGAUUCCGCACCUGAGGGAAUCUUUGUCCAAAGUUACCGAGGUUUCCGAGCCAACUGGACUGGAACUCCGACUGAAGAACCAGCUGUUGUCGCAUUCAAACGAAGUGACCAGACUGGCUUGGAUGUGUAUGCUUCUUGGAAUGGAGACACCGAGGCAGCAUCAUGGCGUUUCUACGCACGAUCUCUAGACCAUUCGCAAGACCAGCUUCUGGGAGAGUUUGAGCGCAACGGUUUUGAGACUCAUGCUGAGCUUCGGGACUUUUCAGUGGAUAGAGAUCUACUUGUCACUGCGGAGGCAGUGGAUGCGAAUGGCAAGGUUUUGACUCGCACAAAACCUGUUGUUGCCCGAGCCGAGGUGCAGGUGUCCCUUCCAGAGGAGUUUGGCCGUAUCUUUGAUUCGGAGGAGCUCUAA